CUGACACCCUGCUUGCUUGCUUUCUUUCUUGCUCGCUCUUACCCCCUCAAGCCAGGAAGUGUGUGGGCUGAAUGCACACGAGGCUGUAGGCGUCUCGUGGAUUCUCGUCGCUGGCCGCCAUGUUCGCAGUCCUGCUUCUUCUAAUGUGUCUCGGUGGCGCUGCGGCGUGCGGCUGCCCUGGCACCAACCAGGUCUACAUCCUCCACAAAGACCUCAUGACCGGCUGGUACACAUUCGUUCCUGGCGAGGGUUUCCAGUUGGUGGUGGAUCUGGAGGGCGAGGCAGAGAUCAAGUACAAGCUGGUGUAUUUGAGGUCGCGGCAGGUGUGGGUGAUAAAGGAAAUUAGGUCUCCUAUGGUUAAUGACCUGUUCACCUGGAAUUCCACUAGUGCUCAAGGAGAAGGAGUCAACAACGUGAAAAUAUUCUGUCCAGGCCCCUGCACGUGUCGCAAGGUGAAGGUGAGGGGUGAGGGAUGCUUCCGUGGCUACUACGGGAGGACCGACGUCGUAGAGCAACUCAAGGAAGAGGAGACUACCAGACUCGAGCAGGAGGCACUGGCGAAGGCCAUGAGCCUGACGAAGGGCUUCAGCUUGAUAACGCCAUCGCCUCGCCAGCUCCCCCCGACGGUCAUGAACGGCGAAGAUGCCCUCGUGUCACUCUUCAAGCAGAUGAACGGAAAAGACAAGAAUAAGAAUCUCCCCAAGUUGAGGAUCCAGUCGCCCUCCACCACGACCAGGAAGUCCCUCUCGCGUGUGAAGCGGUUCUCGGUGCCCGGAGAGAGAGGCAGGAACCACCAGGCGAACAUGGACUAUUUGCAGAGGUUGCUGGGCGGUCAGUUCAACCUCGAGCGCGAUGGCCUACAAAAUGGCCGGGAAAAGGGCUGGCAAGACGAACGCAAAAUUGACCAAGUAGACAAUUCAUUAGAUGAGCCAGAUGGUGAUCAUGACAUGUUUGAUAUUCUACUAAACGACCAGCAUGAUGAUCAACUAAACAGUGGCCAGAAAGGUGAACCAAGAAAUAGCUGGCAAGAUAUUCAGGUAACUAACCGACAAGUUAAUAUGCUAAAUGACCGGCAAUCUGAUGUGUUAAAUGGCCAGGUUUAUAUGUUAAAUGGUCGGCAAGCUGACAUGUUAAAUGGUCGGCCAGCUGAUAUGUUAAAUGGUCGGCCAGCUGAUAUGUUAAAUGGUCGGCCAGCUGAUAUGUUAAAUGGUCGGCAAGAUGAUAUGUUAAGUGGGCAGCCAAUUGACCUGCUACAUAGCCAUGUAGAUCUGCCAAACGUCCGACAAGUAGACAUGUUAAAUAGCCAGCAAGCUGAUACCUUACAUGGCAGUCAAAUUGAGAUGUUAAAUGACCGACAAACAGAUCUGCCAAAUAACCGACACUACCAUAUGCUAAGUAGCUUCCAAGGGAGUCGACAAGAGGACCAGCGAGAUGCUCGCCAAAACGAACGCAAAACCGCCGCCCCAAACGAUCAGGAAGACGACCCACUAACUCGCCUGCUUUUUGCCCAGUCACAAGUCCGGCAAAGAGACAGUUUCCCGCUUCUGAGCAGCAAGUUACCCAAGAAACCUGCACCUAACAAUAUCCUCCAGGAAACACUGGACAUGCUGAAUAAACUCUUAGAGUGUUUAUCGUCUCCACCUGAAACAUUCUCCUCAACGACCGAAAAACCGACCAAGUCGUGCGCAUCGGGAACACACCCAGUUUCCGCCAAGGUUAAACCGAAGCCGCCGCCUAACUUAUCAGACACUGGGCGCACCAGAAGGAAUUUCAAUUUGACAAUGUUGCAAAGUUUUAAUAAUCAGCAUAUCGACGGUCAGGAUAGCGAGAUCGAUGAGGAAGAAACCGUGAAGUGCCAGCCUGAUGUUUACGCUUACAUGGGCAACGCGGAAUACAGAAUUGCUCGUACUGAAGCAGCUCACCUCUGGUGGAUAGGAAUGGGGAAUGAUUUGUUCGCAGUCAGUGACAAAGGAGGGCCGUGUGUGGACCAGCUGCCUGCAAACACCAAGUGGAUGACAGCAGUAGACAGAAAUGCAAUCAAUAACAACGAAAACGUGACAGUACAGUGUGUUGACUGGGAUCCAUCAUAACUCAUCAUGUUGAUAUUUUCAAGAGUUUGUAUUUUUUCUUUCAUUCACUAUCUGUCUUUUUCGAGAGAGCAGUUCUUUGCAAAAGUUGUUACUCUUGUUUAAAUUAUUUUAUUAGGUAAUGCAGUAAAUUGUUAUAUAUUAGGUUAUUGUAUAUUUAAAGAUGCUUCCCUGUUUAGCAUGAUAUCUACAUUUUCUGACUUCGAGUGAUGAUUUACCAGUUAUGAAUACACUUAGAAAAAAAAUGCAUGCACUAAACCGUACUUGAGGGAGAAAUUGUGAAGUUGAAAAAAAAAAAAAUACUGAAAUUUAUAGCUUUGACUAUUUGACAUAAAGGUGGGAAAUGGACGUAAACAAUUCGCACAACUAUAUUUCCCGGAAUUUAUUGAAAUCCCUACGGUAAUUGUGGACGGAAAGUUGGAGCGCCGCUGGUGUUGAAUCGUUCGCUUCGCGUUUAAUUAAAUUCACGACAUAGAGCCUUGAUUAUGUCUGGCAUAUAUUUUCAAAAUGUUCUUGCAAAAGUUUUCGGUCUCCUUUGGCAAUGGUUUAAAAUCGUAAUUUUAGAUAAUUUAGUACAUGAAGCAAAAUUACAUAAGCAAGUACUGAAUGACCGUGAUGAAAAAUGUAUUUUUUCGGUUAUUGCAUCGUUCUAGUUAAUUCGAUUAUUUAGAUUAAGAAUAGUACUCAAAAUAUAUAUACUUUACGAUAUGCAAAGGUAAUCAGUCAUAUUAAAACUAAAGUUCCCUAUGUGUGAACAUAUGUCAAAGGCCUUGCAAGGGAAAUAAAGUAAUAUUAUUUUUUAUGAAAUGUUACCACAGCAGUAUUCAGUCUUCGCGUAAAACCUGAGAUAAUAUGUUUGCAAGAUUUUUAAAAAUACGGCAAUAUAGCCUGAUAUGCUAUAAUCCUCGAUGGACAUAACUUGAUAUAACGAUUUGUGUAUAGGAAAACCUCAGCCAGUGUGUGACUGAUCGAUUAUACGAUUUUCUAUGUGCCAAAUGCGAAUAAUGCGAUGUGGAUUUGCGUGUUCAUUAGUAACAUUAAAUUAUAUUUCCUGGUGUUUUGUUUACCCUACUUGUAAGCUAAUUGGAUGGAUGAUGAAAGUUGAAUAUUAUGAUGGCAAGCUUAUUAUUUCAAAUGUAUUUUAAUAGUUAAUUGAAAAGAUUACAUGGGUCAUAAUCCUUAGAUACUGGAAUGAAUAACCUUUGAGUAAUGUAUCUUUCAUUUUCGUGGUAUCCAACUGCACUGUGAUUAAUAAGCUUAGCUAUGGACAAAAAAUACUUGCAGUAGAUAGGUACCUGCAAAAGUUUUCGAGAUGAACAGAAGUAAAAAAUAAACUGCCUCAUACCUAUGUAUAUUGAAAAAAAAAGAGUGGUGUGAUGUGGAAUAGUGUGUGUUUUACAAUAUAAUCGGUUUAUUCAAAUGAAAAAAAAUCUUAUCCACAUCUCAAGGACUUACAAAAGGGUUCCAUUUGACCUGAGAGUGUAUACUGCCUGUUUCAUUAUAAUGGUGAUUACUGUAGACGAGGCUGUGUAGGGAAAGUCUUGUGGUAUCUGAAUUACCUAGUACUAACAGUCUUGUAUUAAGAUGUAAUGACAAAAUGUGUUUCCUCUGUGUAUUUACAGAUGGGUGUUCUAAUGUGUAUAACAUUUAUCAGAAAGUUUUCCUUCUUUUCUAAAUAAAUAUCUUUCACUUCUGCAAUCUGAAGUGUGCAAUUAUAUAACUUUGAGCUUAUCUAAAUGAUCUAAGCUCUCAUUAUAAACAUAUUCUUAAUAUUUGUCAGUUAUAUUAGGAAGCAAAAUCAGUAUCUCUCCUUGAGUCUCCAAAAUAUCGUGUUAUGACUGUAUAUUAAAAGACUGCUUCUGAUAUUAUGAAUCUUAAUAAUAAUAAUAAUGAUGAUAUGGUGUUGACAGUGAUAAUAAUAAUACUGAUAUUAAUAAGUGAUAUUAAUAGUAAUAAAGUACAUGAUAAAACAUGAAAAAUGAUAACUAUAGUAAUGGCAAUGGUUAUGCUACUAACAAUAACAUUAAGGUCAUUGGAACUGUUUUCAGAAGGAAAGUCUAAUGGUUUCCUUCAUAUAAGCAGUAAAUAUAAACAAGUUUACUAUAAUGUAUCUUCCCAUAUAACUCAUAUACUUGGAAAAGUAAGUAAUUGUUAUACUGAA